AUGGGUGUGGCUUGUCUUGGAUGUGCUGGGCUGGGCUGGGCUGGGCUGUGGACAGAGGAGAGGAAUGAGUCGCGGUGCUGCUGCUUGCGCGCCCCGGCUGCUGCGUGUCAGCUGCAACUGCCAGCUAAGUUUACCAUGGGCAAGGGGGAUGUGGGCGCUUGGUUUGGGUGUCGAAGCGCUGGGGAGUGA